AUAGAGAGAGAGAGAGAGAGACAGAGAGAGGGAGCCAGCAGUCUCUCAGAUCUUGGCUGUGGUGAAGACACCCAGGAGAAGUGCGUUUACAAGGCAGCAAGAAGAGAAAACGGCGAGAUAGAACAGAGCAGAAGUCACGUCAUCACUUGAAUCUCCUCCCGCAACCACAUCGGACUGCCCGUGACCUCAGCUGGACUUGCACACUCCUCACUGACACACACACACACACAAACGUAAGUGACUUGCUGCCUCGCGCACCAGCUGAACAACCGGCUCUGCUGCUCUGUCAGAAGUCAGGAUUUCCACGAGCGAGGAAGAGAGACAGAGAGCAUAAAAACAGAGAGAGGAAAUUGAAAGUCACUGAAGAGCAAGAGAAGGAAAAGAUCCUCUCAUUUGAGCUGAUGCCAUGCAGUGUUGAUCUGAGUCGCGCCAAGCUGAAGUGACCUGUUUUGAAACCCUUCUUUCCAUCUUUCCCGCCCUUCCUGGUCCCAGAUGGAGCUCAAAGUGUGGGUGGAUGGAGUGGUGCGAGUGGUGUGCGGCUUAUCUGAGGAGACAUCCUGCCAGGAUGUGGUCAUUGCUUUGGCACAGGCCAUUGGUCAAACAGGCCGUUACGUUCUCAUCCAGCGUCUAAGGGAUACAGAGAGGCAGCUUUUGGCCACAGAAAAGCCACUGGAGUCUCUAGCUAAGUUAGGCCAGCAUGGCAGUGAAGUUCAAUUUUUUCUGCGGCGCACUGGCCCGAGCAGCAGUGACGGACCUGGCUCAAAACAAGACAGACCAACUCCUCUUCCGCUGCCCAAACAUUCUGAGCCAGAGCCCUCAAAACGAAACCAGCCUAAGAAAGCACUGACCUUUAACCUCGGGCCAUCCACCUCUCCUAGAACCAAAGCCAAACAGAUUAAGAGCUCUCCUCGGGACUCUCCAGAACAGAGAGCUUCUCCAUCCCCCUCGCCCAGCCCUGUAUCAUCUCAUGUGCCAUCUCCCUCUCCUUCACCAACUAUAGGCCCAUCCAAAGAUGAGGUCUUUAGGAAAGUUCUUCAGCAACAGGAGAGAUUAAGGGCCAUUGAGACGCAGCUUGAAGCCCUAGAGAGGGACUCGCAUUCCUGGGAUAAUUCUCCCUGUCCCUCACCAGUCCCUGAUAUUCGUCUGCAAGAAGAGUUGGACACCUUAGAGCAAGUGAUGCGGAGGAACCAGGCCGAGCUAGCACACGAGCAGUACUGGGAGGAGGAGCUUCAAGCAGAGGUGGAAAUAGAGCGAGGGAUGAGGAGGAAACUCGGGGAUCUCCAUGCCAAGCUGGAUGACUGUGGACGGCGGCUUCACGACUUCUCGGUCCGCUCUGCCCAGCUCGAACAAGAGAUCCAGCGGGAGAGUCAGGCAGAAGUGGGAGCCAACGGGCCUGAGGAGUCCCUGGGCAUUGUAAAGGUUGAGCUCCAGAGCCAGGAGAGGCAGAGGACUGAGCUAGAGGAGCAGCUAUCUGAGACUGACGAGGCUCUGGGGAAGGCAGAGUCUCUGCUGCAGGACAAACAGGAGGAGCUGGAGGACCUGAAUAAGGAGCUGAGGCAGUGCAACCUGCAGCAGUUCAUUCAGCAGGCAGGCGUCCUGCCUGUGCACACCAACUCGCGCACAGAGCUGCAGGAGCAACUGGAACAAUUAGAACUCGCACAUCUCCUGCAGGAAGGAUACAGGAAUGAAAGCCACGGUGCAACUCUGGUGGAAUCGCCACCACGUCCCACAGCCAAACAGUUCUUAGGACAUCCACGCAACCUGCAAAACCCUCUCGUGUCCAGUCUCAACCCUGAGGUCCUGACAUCCCGAGAGUCGUCAUGGAGAUAAAACAUGGAUCGCAUUGGCCACAGGGAAACUUGUCCCCUGUUCUUUCACCGUCACCUCUCGUUUGACCACAUUUCUUUGUAGCUCUUUGUCAUUAUUCAGUCUAUACAUACUGUAUAUACAUAAGACAAAAAUAUAUUUACAGAGUUUUUCUUACUCUAAACACUGCAAUGUAUCUGUAUGAAAUGUAAAAUAAUUUAGAAACCCUUUUAUGUAGAGAGAUUAUUACUAUUACUAUGUAUUUAAAUAUAAUAAAAA